GGCUUCUAUAAAUGGUCAGACAAUCCUGACACCAUCCUCAAACACCAGCUCUGUCAUUCCCAGACAAGCCCCAGGAGAGGCAGAGGAAGCAGGACCAUGAGUGCUUUAGAGCUCCAGAAUGUCAACUGGCAGGUGGCCGGAAACCGGCGUGAACAUCACACGGACCAGUUCUCCACCAAGGACAUCGUCUUGCGCAGAGGCCAGAUGUUUCAUGUGAUAAUGAACUUUAACCGCACUCUUGACUCUGAAGAAGGUCUGAAUCUCACGACUGAAACAGGUCCUAACCCCUCUGUGUCAGCCAGGACGAAGACCACAUUUCCAGUCUCCAGGGGAAGAAACACAGGUGGCAGCUGGGCUGCAGAGGUCAGGGAAAAUAAUGGCAAUGCCCUAACCGUUGCCAUUUCCAGUCCUGCCAGUGCGCCCAUUGGAUGGUACACAAUGAGCCUUCAGAUCUCCUCCAAGGGCAGGGUCUCCUCUGUGAAACUUGGGACAUUCGUGCUGCUUUUUAACCCUUGGCUACAAGCGGAUGAUGUCUUUAUGAGUAACCAGGCGGAGAGACAAGAAUACGUUGAGGAAGACUCUGGCAACAUCUUCGUGGGCAGCAUAAAUCGAAUUGGCAUGGUUGGCUGGAACUUUGGACAGUAUGAAGAAGACAUUCUGAACAUCAGCCUCUCCAUUUUGGAUAAGAGUCUGAAUUUCCGACGUGACCCUAUUACUGACGUGGCCCGCAGAAAUGACCCCAAAUACGUUGGCCGGGUGCUGAGUGCCAUGAUCAAUAGCAAUGACGACAACGGUGUGAUCGCUGGGAACUGGAGUGGCAGUUACACGGGUGGCAUGGACCCGAGGACCUGGAAUGGCAGUGUGGAGAUCCUGAAGGAGUGGAAAAAAUCAGGCUUCAGGCCAGUCCGAUUUGGCCAGUGCUGGGUCUUUGCUGGGACACUCAACACAGUACUGCGGUGCCUCGGAAUUCCCUCCCGGGUGAUCACCAACUUCAACUCUGCUCACGACACGGACCGAAACCUCAGCGUGGACGUGUACUACGACCCCAUGGGAAACCCUCUGGACAAGGGCAGCGAUAGCGUGUGGAAUUUCCAUGUCUGGAACGAAGCCUGGUUUGUGCGGCCUGACCUGGGCCCCUCAUACAAUGGAUGGCAGGUGCUGGAUGCCACCCCCCAGGAGAGGAGCCAAGGGGUAUUCCAGUGUGGCCCAGCUUCAGUUAUCGCAGUCCGAGAGGGAGACGUGGACCUGAAUUUUGACAUGCCCUUCAUCUAUGCGGAAGUCAAUGCCGAUCGCAUCACCUGGAUCUACACGGCCUCUAACGAUAGCAAGAAGCAGAACUACGUAGACACGCGGUCCGUUGGCAGGUACAUCAGCACCAAGGCCGUGGGCAGCCGCUCUCGCAUGGAUGUCACAGACAAGUACAAGUACCCAGAAGGUUCCAAUGAGGAACGGCGAGUGCAACAAAAGGCCUUAAGCAAACUUAAACCAGACGCGUCGUUUGGCCCAACAUCAGCACAGCGUUCCCCAGGAAGGGAACAGGCACCUAGCAUCUCUGGGAGGUUCAAGGUGAAUGGUGUGCUGGCAGUGGGCCAAGAGGUCAACCUAGCCCUGCUGCUCAAAAAUCUGACCCGCGAUAGGAAGACAGUGGCAGUGAACAUGACAGCCUGGACCAUUGUCUACAAUGGCACACUUGUACACGAGGUGUGGAAGGACUCUGUCACCAUAUCUCUGGACCCUGAAGAAGAAGUGCAACACCCCGUAAAGAUCACCUAUGCCCAGUAUGAAAAGUAUCUGAAGGCAGACAACAUGAUCCGGACCACAGCCAUAUGCAAGGUGUCUGAUGAGGUCGAGGUGGUGGUGGAACGGGACGUCAUCCUGGACAACCCCACCUUGACCCUUGAGGUGCUGGACCGUGCCCAAGUGCGGAAGCCCGUGAAUGUGCAGAUGCUCUUUUCCAACCCCCUGGAUGAGCCUGUGAAGGACUGCGUGCUGAUGGUGGAGGGCAGCGGCCUGCUUCGGGGCAACCUCAAGAUUGAGGUACCAGCCCUGCGCCCCAAGGAGCGGUCCCGGAUCCGUUUUGAAAUCCUGCCCACCCGGAGUGGCACUAAGCAGCUGGUUGCUGACUUUUCCUGCAACAAGUUCCCAGCAAUCAAGGCCAUGCUGUCCAUCGAUGUGAACGAGUGAAGGGCCCCAAUGGCCCCCCCAUACAAACUUGGGUACCACAGAGCAGGAAGGGUGUACCAGUGGAGUAAAACCUCUGCCCAAGCUGCCCAACCUGGGAAGCUCAAGGCUGUCAGACAUGGACCUCCAGCACACACCCCCACCUCCUCCCAUCCCUGCCCACCCCCAGUCUGGGGCCUGCAACUUGAUCAUUUUUGCAUGUUCCCUGGCCACCUGCUCUGUGAGCCCCACUGCCCCACUCAUCCCUUGAACCCAUCAAAGCUUCAGGAUGGAGCGUCACCUGACCCAAGGACUCUCCAGAUGGAUGUGGAGGAGAAACUGGUUUAGAUUGUUUGCUGGUUCCCAGCCUACAGCUGGAACAUUCCUGCUCCUCCCUCAGAUCAUGUGAAGGGCAGAGAAUGGUUAACCAUUAUACUCAAAUAAAUGUUAAAUAAGUGUGAUCACA